AUGCAGUUCGCCUACCUGUUUGGGUUCUUGAUGGUCGCCUUGAUUCAAACCCAUUGCCAAGCUGAUCAAGUCGAUCACGAUGCAUUCUAUUGUAAAUAUAAGGACAAGUCGCAAGGGUUCUGUCUUUUCUCAAACAGCGGGGAACAUCUGGGAAGCAAUACUGGCUCGGGAGGCGAUACCGGCCCAGGAGGAAACCGCAGCUCGGGACGUACCCGAAAAGUGCAAUUGAUAAAAGCUUCUCCGGAAGGUCAAGGCUUUUCCUGCGACGCAGCAAAGCUCGACGAGGUGAAUGUCCAUAAAGAGAAACCACAGUGCUGCUAUCCGACAUUGAAAAAAGAUAACAUUGCAUUCCAAAUGAGAUUCGACGACUUCCGCACGAGUUGCACCAAGCCCUCAGCCACAUCGGACACCAUACCAUUGUAGACAACUGAAUUCAGAGUUUCCAUGUCUUCCUCCCACUUUCACAUCUUGUUAGCAGUCUUGUUGCG